AUGAAGAUGAGCAGCGUCUCUGCGCUCCCUGUGAUCUUCCUCCUGCUCUUCUUCCACACAGCACAGCCGGGACCCCACAAGGCCAUCCAGAAACCUGGACAUUGCCCAGAAUUUUUUCUUUCCUGCCCAUUCGUCCUUUUACCUACGUGCCGGCGCGACAGAGGGUGCAAGGGGCCCAAGAAGUGUUGUUUCUAUAACUGUCGGCGUCAGUGUAUGGAGCCCUGGAUGUCGUUGGAGUGA